AUGGCUGACGUCAAGGCAAAGGCAGAGGCCCUGGUGCCCAAGUUCAAGCUCGAUCGUGUUCUUAACCAAGAUCAAGCAGGUCGCCGUAUCUCUCUCUACGGAACUAUCGACGACAAACCAGCUCUUCUAAUCCUCGAACGCGCUCCCUUUCCUACCUCGCAGAAAUACCUCGUCGAUGUGCCUGCCCAGCUCGCGCGGGUGCAGAACCUGGGCGCCAACGACAUCUACCACUGGUUCAUGGGUCGAAGCGGUGCCGAGACGAGCAAGCCGGACGACUCUGAUUUCUUUGCCGAUCUGAAGAUCAACCUUAUCUACCCAUGCACGGAAACACACAUCAAGAAGUACAGCAAGCAGGGCGUGAGAUUCGUCAUGGAGACACCAGAAAUUUACAGAGAUCAUAUUCGACCGUAUAUGCUCAGCAAGAGGGAAGAAGGAAGACUCAAUUGGGUAUUCAACAUUAUCGAAGGACGCAAAGAAGUGGAAGAUGUCAUCUACAGAACAAAGCUGGGCGAGGCUGGCGACGAAGGCUUCCUCAUGCUGCCGGAUCUCAACUGGGAUCGCAAGACGCUCGAUGCGCUGCAUCUACUGGCGCUGGUUGAGCGACGGGAUAUCUGGUCGUUGAGAGAUCUCCGCAAGAAGCACAUCCCUUGGCUACAGCACAUGAAGGCCCGCCUCAUCGACGCCACCGUCCAGACGUAUCCGUCCAUCGAACCGGACCAGCUCAAGCUCUACGUCCACUACCAGCCGACUUAUUACCACUUCCACAUCCAUGUUGUACACGUUCAACUCGAGGCGGGGGCAACGCAAGCGACGGGCAAGGCGGUCGGUCUGGAGACUAUCAUGGAGACACUGGGCGCGAUGGCGGGAGACGACGAGGCGGGUAUGGAUGGCAUCGCGAUGAGCUAUACGCUAGGAGAGGCGAGUGAGUUGUGGACUGAAAUCUUUGAGCCACUUAAGACUGGCGGCGAAGUUUCUCGAUCGCAAUAA